CCCUCUCUACCUCUCAUUCAUGCACCGGCUUCAUCGCGACUACGCUUGCCAUGUGGCUCUCUCCCUCACUCCACUGCCUGGCUACUGGCAAGACACACAUCGCUGCCUUGCUUCAACUGUUGCUAUCUGCACAGCAUGGCUGAGACUGGCUAGCAUGCUGAUGGGCUCAGAGAUGCAGAUGGACAGGAUGAUCACUGAGGACUUAAGAAAUCUGCUGGACAAAAAGGAAAGACUAGAUGAAGGGAAGUCAAGGAGAAGCAAAGGAGAGGGAGUUACAAGCCAGUCUGUGCAUCAUUACUAUCUCCUGUCUUGAGCGUGAAGUGUUUGGAGAAGGGACUUUCAGCACUGAUGGGAUACCCUCUAAUUAAGCAAGAUGUGUGGAUUUGGACAAGCUGGCUCACAUUUUAAUGAGAGCUCUUUAUACACUGGAGUAGCUGCCGCUUACUUAGUUACACAGUUCAGUAGUUUGGGACAACAAUGGUAGUGUUUCAUUGCUGAAACAGGCUUGUGUUUCUGCUAUUCUGCGAUUCACACACUACUUUCUGUCUGUUCAUGUAACUUUGCCUUUCUGUUACAAAGAUUGAGGUUAAUGUUUUGCUGCCCCGUUCAGCUCUUUGAUGCAAUAUUGAGGCAGCCUGUGCUUCUUAUUUUCAUCCUUGUGAAUAUUGAAUUUGUCUUGGUGCCGCUUAUUCAGCUUUAAAAUGUUCUAAAGAGAAGGUUUAUCUGGUUAGAGGGGCUGAUGUUUGCACCCUGACUCUUCUCUCUGUGCAUUUUCUACAAAAUCCUGUGCUGUGUGCCAAGAAAUUCCAGCUAUAAUAAAAGGAUUUUUGAAUGAUUUUAGCUCACCGUAAUAAUGGAACCUGAAAGUGAAAGCGAGAGAAAUGUGCAAUGAGAAUGUAGUAGAGGAAUGACUGAUUUGGUAGCCUUUUUUAAAAUUUUUUUUUUUUUUCAUUUGCUCAUAUGUGCAGAAGAAAAGCACAUGCUCAGCAGUGUUUGGAGCGGAGUCACGUUAAUACAUUUUGAUUGGUGGUUUUUCUGUGACUAUUUUUGUUGUAUGUAUAUUGGAUAAUCCCACCCCUCCUCCAGCACAUUUUUUCUAAUCAGCUCCAAGCAGGAAAACACAAUAAACUCACACCGGCAUGCCUGGUAGUUCAUGCUGUAUCAUCUGACAGGAGAGAGAGGCUGUUUGAUGAUAUGUGUUAGAUUCUUGUUUUCAAUUCAGUCCAUGUCCUGUCUCACUGCAGGGAGGUGGUUGUGAGUCAAUAGACACUUAAUUUCUUUUUAUGUAUUUCAACAGGCAGCAGACUGAUUCAACCCGAAAUCAUUCAGCUGGUUGGUGGUAAAUUAAAGGCCUGAUAUUCAACCUAAUGAUAUUUUAAGAUGUAGAUUAGACCACAGGAAGAGCUUUCUAAGGUUUUUUUUUCUUUUCUGGUUGGUUAUUGGGCUUAUUUUAACACGCAUAGACCUUAUUUCAUAAUGUUACCACCUGCAUGAGAGAUGAGAAAUCUCUGGCAACAUCUUGCUUUCAACAGUGACAUCAAAACAAGCAGAGGCUUUGCAGUGGGACCAGAACCUGAAGCAGUUGAACUGGCCUCAUGUUAUCACUUUGCCAAGGUUCCAGCAGUAGGUGUUCCUCUGCUUCACCAACUGGGACUCCAUGGCUGCCAGUGCUGCUGCUUGAUUCGCUGCACUAACCAGUGUCCCCCACAUUUGAGGUUUGAAAAGAGUUCAUCACUGUUGUUCAGCAGUCACUUCCUGUAGCCUAUGACUUCAUGGAGGGGUUUCCUGUCCACUGACUGAACAGGCUGCCUUACAUGAUCAGCAGCCAUGUCAGCCUGCAGCACCUUCACUGAGCACGUGUGGAAACCAGGCGAGUGCAAGAACUGCUUUAAACCUAAAAGUCUGCACUGUCUGUCUCAGAAGCCCCCCUCUGAGCAGAGGCCUCCCACAACUCAGCAGCAGAAUUCAUCCGCUGCUGGAGCCAAAGGAAACCCUAAUCUUCCUACCAACUCUCAGAGGGCUGGCAGUGGGUCUGCUCGCUCAGGACACUUCCGUCCACCAGUGGCAAAGAAGCCAACCAUUGCUGUUAAGCCCACUAUGAUGCUGCCUUGCUCUUCUGUAGGACUGGAUUCAGAUGGCAACUUGCAGCAACCACCAAAUGUAAUAGAACAGGGCAAAACAUCUGCCUUCACAGUCUGGAAUCGCAAUGGACUAAAUUGUAAGAGGCCUGGAGGGCCCAGCAACAACAACGAAGGAGAGGGUGGCAGUGAGGAGAUUGAGGGUUAUGGACAACUUAGCCCAAGGACACCUAGUGGAAACAACAACAACAGUGGACUGACAGAUGUCCUCAAGGAAAUUGCUGGUUUGGGCCCUGGCUCUAGCCCCACACCCCUUUCUGGCUCAAAGGACUUGUUUUGGGGACGAAUCAGUAGUUCAUACCGACGGUCCUUAGAAAGAGGCUUACCACCCUCAAGCUGCCUGGCCAUGGGAAGCAGCAGCAGUAGUGGUGGUGGAGGUGGUGGCAGUAUUGCUCAAAAACGAGUAUCUCUUAGUGAUAGCACCAAGAUCAUAAGCACAGAGGGUGGUCGCUUUUGCUACCCAGAAUUUUCCAGUGAAGGUGAAGAUGAUGAUGAAGAGGAUGAUGAGGAAGAAGACACUGAAAGGGAUGAUGACGAACAUGAGAGCUGGGAUGAAAGUGACGAAGAGUUGCUAGCAAUGGAAAUCCGUAUGCGAGGCCAACCACGAUUUGCAAAUUUCCGUGCUGCAACGUUGUCUCCGGUGCCCUUUGCUGCGGGGAAAAAGUGGAAUACCGUGCCACUUCGCAACCGUUCACUGCAGCGGAUUUGUGCAGUGGACUAUGAUGACAGCUAUGAUGAGAUCUUGAAUGGAUAUCCUUCAGUGGAUUCCAAUGGAGCUCCUCUUUCCUAUGGGCCUCGUGAUGUGCAAGGUAGUGGUUUCCUGUCAAAUUCAGAGUCGACCACUUCUCCAGAAUCAUCGUCGUCACUACCAGAAGAUUCUCGAACAACUUCUAGCAGUGGGAGUAGUGCCCACUAUGCCCAUCGAAAUGGUUUGCAUUCUCCUACAUCUUGUAAGCCACCUCCUCCCUGCACAAAAGACCCUGUCAACAGAGCACUAAGUCCACUUAAGGUUGCUGAAACACACAAGGCUGUUCUGGCUAUUAGAUUGGAAGAUCAGGAUGGCCGAGAAGGUAUGCCCAUGCCUCAAGCCCUUCCUGGUCAACCAGUCACUAUAAGUUUUAGUCCCACAGAGGAGCAAGCCAAACCAUACCGUGUAGUAAAUUUGGAAAAAUCAAUGAUCUGUAAGCCUUACACUGUGGUGGAUGUGUCAGCUUCCAUGGCCAAUAAAGACGAACAGAUUCCAGACUCUUCUCCAAAACCCAGGAACUUGUCGAUGCCUUCCAGCCCUACAUCGUUCUGUAGCACUCCUUUAGUCCAGCCUCUGUCUCCGAAGUCCCCUAUUUCCCCAUCCUCUCUUGUGAUACCAAUAUCGCCCACAUCUGCUGCUUUGUCAGGUAGUUCCCGAAAGAAAUGUGGCAGCAUACGAUACCAAGAAGUGUGGACAUCAAGCACCAGUCCUCGCCAAAAGAUACCUAAGGUGGAUCUAGGGAGUGGGAGCAAUCCAGGCUCCUCCAUCACUUCUCAGCAGUGCAGUCACAAGUCAGCUCCCACAUCUCCCAUUGCUGGGUUGUCUUCCUCCCGAACUGUACCUGUGAAAUCCCCCAAUUUGUCAGAGAUCAAGUUCAAUAGUUUUAAUAAUGCAGGCAUGCCUCCUUUUCCCAUUAUUAUUCGAGAUGAGCCAGCCUACGCCCGCAGUUCCAAGAAUGCUGUCAAGGUACCUAUUGUUAUCAACCCAAGUGCAUAUGACAACUUAGCUGUAUACAAGAGCUUCUUGGGACUCAGUGGGGAACUACCACAAACAAAGGGGGUAGGGAAUAGGGUAGCCAGCCAUACUUAUGAAGAGAUUGGAUCUUCUGAGAGUGUCCAGUCCUCCUCAACAGAAAAAACUCUUUCUGGUAGAGGCACAUCAGAACGAACUUCCUUUGAAGAGGCAAAACUUCCACUUGACGCAGUGUCAAAAGCACCAAAUACACAACCCAGAACCACUACAGACUCUAGCACUGUUACAAGCACUGUGAUCAGUCCCUCAGUUGGGGCUCUCUCUCCCACUAAGUCAACAAAUUCCCCUGCUAAUCUUGCCAUUACUGCAAACCUGCCUAAAGCCAGCCCUACUGCCAAUGCUGUUACACCCCCUUACAAGACAGGUGGAGAUGCUAUUUGCAGCAAAGAUGAUGAUACAGACUUAGCUUUGUCUUCUGGGGCAGUGGUAAGCCAUAGGGAAGAAGCAAGUGCUGUGCUUUCACAGAUUGUGGCCUCCAUUCAUCCUCCUCAGUCUCCUCCAGAGUCUCCCACAGUACAAACCAAAACUUUCAGUUCUGAGGAACUGUAUGCCCUCCCACCUGAUGCCAUGAAGGAGACCCUCACUCGGCCUAAACCUCUUUUUUCUGCAACUGAUGGCUGUCUUUCCAAGCCAAAGAAGGAGACACCCACAAAAGUUUUGUCUAAAUCCCAGAGUGCCUCUGCUGCUGUCCCACUCUCUAGCCCCCGGUCAGAGCCCAAUGCUCCGUUCCCCCCUCCAAGGUCUACAUCUUCCCCCUACCAUGCAACUAACAUACUUCAGAGGCAUUUUGGCAAUUGGACCAAGAGCUCUGCCUCAAGUUCUCCUGUACGACCUAGCGAAGGUGAAGCAAGUCCUGGUGGAGAAGGGAGGCGUAUUUCAGCAGAAAGCUCCAAACCUAAACGCUGGAUCUCUUUUAAGAGCUUUUUUCGACGGCGGAGAGAUGAGGAUGAGCAGAGAGAGAAGACGGAAAGAGAGAAGGAGAAAGGCAAGUUGGUUGGGCUUGAUGGGACGGUCAUUCACAUGCUUCCACCACCGCCAGCCCAGCAUCAACACUGGUUCACCGAGGCCAAGCCAGAGGAUCCCAACCAGAAGCCUACCAUUAUCUUCACCUACAAGCCAGACAGUGGCAGUAGCCCUGGUGAUGGAGAAGGAGAACUACGAGUAGAAGAGUGCAGAGAAACUGCACUACUGACACCUGAUGAAAACAAAGAACCUAGACCUUUGAGUCCAGAGAAAAUGCCGUCGUCACACACCUCUGGAAGUGAUGCUGUCAGCAAGGACUUCAGCCAGAUACCAGUCAGUGCCAGCAAUGCCAGGAAUCGGGAGUUACCCAGUGCCACCUCCUUGCCUGCCAAAGUGAAUCUGGGGCUGCUGCUUGGGGAGGGCGAGGAGAGCCAUGCCAACCAGGUUGCCCCUCCAGCUUCAGCCAGCGAGGGCAGCACCAGCCUCGGAGAGCCUGAGGAGGACGGGAAUCACUCUCAUCACUCUCACUCUCCUGCCUCCAGCCAAUGCAGUGCCACUUACAGCAAUCUGGGUCAAUCUCGAGCCAACAUGAUCCCCCUGAAACAGCCGCGGAACAUCAAAGCCUCCAAUGAUACUUUGGCCUCCAUCGAUCUGGACGGCCUCGCUGACCAGCCGGCGCCUAAAGCCACGCCCCCACCACUACCCAAGAAAGCAGUUCCUCGCUCCAGUACUGAGCCCAGCCUGGGAGGCAAAGAGCCAAUCCAAGGACCCCUUAGACCCAGGGCUGAAGCUAAACCAGGGGGCACCAACCUGAGUGUGGCCAACCCUCUCUAUGACUUGGACUCCACCUGGGAGACAGCCAGUCAGAGCUCCUCUCUCAGCUCAGAGCCUCAUCGAGCCCACGACCACGAGAGUGGCGACUCCUUGGAGAGGCCAUCUGCUGCCGCGGCUCACAGCAAGGGCCGCCUGGCUAACAGCGUGUCCUCUCUGAUAACUCAGCCCACCCCUGCUGCACCCAGUGCCACCACCGGCAGAGAGAGGAGGGUCUACCCCAGCACAGAGUCUCUGGCUGGGAGGGGACGGACAACAGGUCGAGGAGCUGGUGGAGGAGGCUCCAAAACCCAGAGACCUGCUCUUUACAGGGGCUUAGACAGCUGGGAUGAGGUGGUGGGGAGGAUCAGGGGGCUCCACACGGACACCCUGCGGAAGCUGGCAACGAAGUGUGAGGACCGUUUCAUGGCUGGCCAGAAGGAUCAUUUGAGGUUCGGCACUGACAGCUGGUCCCACUUCAGGCUGACCACUGGGAAGCCCUGCUGCGAGGCGGGGGACGCCGUUUACUACACCGCCUCUUAUGCCAAGGACCCGCUGGUCAACUACGCCAUCAAGAUCUGUCGGAGCCAAGUGAAGGAGACCCAGCAGCAGUUUUUCCACAGUCUUGCAGUGAGACAAAGUCUGGCAGUUCACUUCAACAUCCAGCAGGACUGUGGACACUUCCUGGCCGAUGUUCCUACCCGUCUGCUGCCCUGGGAAGAAGAGGAAGAGGAGGAGGAAGAGGAAGAAGAGAAGAAUAAGGAGGAAGAAGAGCUGACGGAGAAAGAGAAGGAGAUUAAGACUGACACAAAAAUGACAGACUCCGCAUCUGCCCCAAAUGGUAAAGUAGAUGAAACCCCAGCAGCAGGUCACAUGAACACCGCUGGUCGCCUCAGGAGCCGAGUGGUGGUCAUCACACGUGAGGUGCCCUUCCAGACGGUGGCUGAUUUUGUCAGAGAAGGCUUGACCAGACACGCUCAUAACCCAGAGCUUUACGAGCGACAGGUCUGUCUCCUGCUGCUGCAGCUGUGCUCCGGCCUGGAGCACAUGAAACCUUAUCAUGUGACCCACUGUGACCUGCGACUGGAAAACCUCCUGCUGGUCCAGUGCCAACCUGGCAACCCCUGGAAUCUGGACUUACUUGAGCCCAACAAUAACAGCAACAGCAGCAGCUCUGGUGCGACUGCUGCCAGCGCUGCCACCGCCGCCGCAAACGCCACCUGCCCCGCCCGCCUCAUCAUCAGUAACUUCUCCCAAGCAAAACAGAAGAGCACUCUCAUGGCCACCGACCCUGGUACGCUGCGCGACCAAUCAAGGCUGGCCCCUGAAAUCGUCACCGCUACUCAGUACCGCAAGUGUGACGAGUUCCAGACUGGGAUUCUCAUCUAUGAGAUGCUGCACCGACCCAACCCCUUCGAGGAGACGCCGGAGCUGAAGGAGCAGGAGUACACCUGGGCAGACCUGCCGCCGCUGCCUGUCAGGUCGCUCUACUCACAAGGCCUGCAGCAGUUGGCCAGGCUGCUGCUCACUGUCAACCCCUCUGAGAGGAUCCGGAUGUCCGAGGCCCGGGCCUGCCUGCAGUGCCUCCUCUGGGGCCCCCGGGAGGAUUUGUUUCAGGCGCUGGGCUGCAGCAGCACUGGCCCCAUGUCAGGGGCCACGGCAAGCCAGCGCGAGGCCACCCUUCAGAACUGGCUGGACCUGAAGCGGACACUGAUGAUGAUCAAGUUUGCAGAGCGAUCGCUGGACACCGCUUGCGGUGUGAGCCUGGAGGACUGGCUGUGCUGCCAGUACCUGGCGUUUGCCACCACAGACACCCUGAGCCGGGUGGUUCACAUCCUGCAGCAGCCACAGCAGCAGCAGCAGCAUCCUCCGUCUCAGAACCAGAACCAGCCUGUGCACCCGGCACAGAACCAAACCCAAACACAUCUAGCACACGCCUUCCACCUGACUCAGUCACAGCCGCUCUGAGUUCCUCUGCCCUACUGUUACUAUAGCAACAGAUCCAACUCCCCCUGUGUGGUCCCUGUGCUGACGCUGAAGUGUGAUGUAAGCUAAUAGUCAGCUUUGUUGUUGCAGCAGCCGCAGUGCUCACCUCAAACUAAACAGCUGGUUGUGCGGUCUGUGUUUUUUUUCCAUGGACAAAUCAGUCCACAGAGUGAGAGGCACCAUCAUAUUAUUCUCUAAUCAAGUCCAAAUCUAAAGUUGAUUCAUAAGUAGUUGGCUCUCAUCAGUGACGUCCAUAUCUGCCCUCCACCAGUACUAAACUGAAGAAUUUACUGAAUAUAAGAUAUUUUUUCAGCCAAGCUCUGUAUUAGAUACAAUUUGCAUGGAAGCCGUCUCUAGGGUUUAUUUAAGACAGAAAUAUAGAGAUAGAGAAAUGGCAUAAAUCAGAGUUUUUAAAGCGAUACACAAUAAUAUUCUACACAAAAGUUUCAUCAGACAUCUGAAAACAUGCCGCAGUUCGAAUCUUGGAGAAGAAAUUUAAGAUUGCAGCAUCAGAAAUUGGAGGGUUUUUUUAUCCAAAUUAUUUAACUUAUUGCAUCGUGUUGUAUUUUAAGCAGCAGUUUAUUCUUUUGAUGUGUAAAGACUAAAAAGAAAAAUGAAGGGAGAGUAUUUAAAAUGAAGGGAAUAGGGAGAGACCAGUGGUUAAAAAAUCUUAACCACUGAUGGAAUUGUACUCUUCAAAAUCAAAUGUAAUCUGGGUGAGGUGUUGUGUUUUCUAAACUGACACAAAAGUGGAAUAUGUUUUCCCACUGAAGCCAAAGAUCUGCCACAAAUUGUCCAUUUUUAAGAUAGUUUGCAAGUUUUAUCAAUUUUCUCUAAGAUGAUUGCACAACCCACUUUGACAUGAUGUAACAAUGACUCGAUUUAUUAUAGACUGACAUGGAGACGCUUAAAAUUGCUCUUAAUGGUUUGAAAAUUCAUAACAGGCAGUCUGGAGUUGAAUAUGACAGAAUGACACCUGUACAUGUUGUUGCAUCACUCUCUAAUUUACACAUCCACACACAGCUUUGCAGAGGUACAGCAGGUGAUGAACACUGAGCUAAUUUUGGCUUCACAGUUAACGCUUUGAAGAUAAAACGGGACACAACCUCCCUGGCUGAUGGUUCUGUCUCUCGUCGGAAUAUGUGCAAUUAAUAUCUUUGUUUUGUUGUUUCCUUCGGAGGCAGCAGCACACGAACCUUUUUAUAGCAUUACACGGUCUUUCUAAUCCUUUCUUCCAUUAGUUUUGUGGCACAUAAACUGAUUCAUUUCAUUUCAAUCCUGCAUCUUGGAACGGUGGAUGGGAUGUUUCAGGGACUGCAAAAAGUUAUUAUUUGUCUAUUGUGUUGUUUUUGUCAAGUUGUUUUCGAACGAUUCUGCGUUACGGAUGACAUUUGCACAUUCAGUUUGAAUGCUGGAGCUCCUCGACAGAGACCAGAGGACACGGUGAGGCAAGAGGGACGAGAGAAGUUCCUGUGAAUUUGAGGAGCUGGAUCUGAUUUGUUUUGCAGCGUGUGGAAUGUAAAAGUUUGCCUGGACUGAAACAGACAUUUGGACCUGGUCUCAUCUGCUUCGGAAACAGACUUACCUUCCGAUUGAACCACUUUGUGUCACAUAAAAACUCUUCGCCUUGAAGACAAGCUAACUGCUCAACCACUCGCAUGCUUUCAGUCCCUCCGUCCUCUUGUUAUCCACCCAAAACCAUGGCACCGCCUGCAUUGACGCUCCCUGCUGUCACUCAGCAAAUUUAUUGUGCUUUAAUUAAACGAGCUCUGUGUUAUUGAUCUUCCAGCUGGCAGUCAGUGGAAGCAGCACGUGUACAGCUUCCCCAUAGAAGAAGAAACAUUUUGAAUUUAUGACGCCCUUCCCACCCGUUUCCAAAAAUACUCCACAUCCAAAAGUUUACUUCAUUUGCUCUGGUUAAGUUUGUACUGUCAUAUCCAGCCAUUUAACUCGUCUCUUGCUUAAAAAUACACUUUUGGGAUCAGGAUCCUGUGUCUGUUUUACUGCAGAUGUACAAUAGAGAACUUCACGGUCCACGGAGUGAAAAUGAGACAAAGCAGGUGUGAGUUUGUCACUGCGUUAAAGGGUUUGUGUACUAAGGAAUGUGUGUGGGACAGCACUGGUGGCUGACCUCGUGUCCAGAGAUUUAAGCCUUUAUAUAGUAUGUAUAGUAUAAAUAUAUAUAACCUUUAUUUUAAUCCACACAAUAUUUUGUCGAGUACGGAGCACCUCUAUUUCUGUCUUUAGAGUCUAAAUAUCAUUUAUCCAUUAAAGCUUUACUUGACUUUCUUUAACCUCGCAUGUUUUGGGGAAAGAAAAAUGGUGAGUAGUUAUCACUGUCCUGUACAAGGAUAAAUGAAAAAAAAGAGCUUAUUAUUCAGUUGCAUUAACACAGAGAACAAUGUACAGUAUUUUUACCCCUCUUGUAAAUGUACCUGCUUAGGAGAAGAACCACUUUGGCUGAAGGAUGACUUUCGAAAGCACCGUUGAAACACGACAUUCAUUUACUUCAUUUUCUCUUUCUGCUUUGUUUUUUCUCCUUGCAUUGUUAAUUGCCACUGAACCUGAAAACAGAAGCUUUCUAAGGCUUUCUAAAUAUGUGUACAGUAUGUCUCCUGGCCUGCCGCCAUUUAUUGUUGAUCAAGUUAACCAACAGUAACAGAACAAUAAAUAUAUGUUUUUAUAUAUA